AUGGGUUGCGUUAGCUCGAAGCAGACGGUCUACGUGACGCCUGCAAUCGAUCACUCUGGCGUUUUCAAGGACAAUGACGAUGAGUGCUCCGGAUCGGGUCGGGUCGUUGUGGAGGAUCCGCCUCUCGCGACUCUUAAGAAGCUCGUUUCCUGGAGGAGUAAGAGCGGGAAGAGGAGGCAGAAGAGCCGCGGUGAGUUCGGUAGCGAGUUGAGCGAGUCAGGCCGCGCUAGUGACUCGCUGAGUUUCCGGCUCGGUAAUGUCAGCAAAUACCUUGAAGCCGAGCAAGUCGCUGCUGGUUGGCCCGCGUGGCUGAGCAACGUCGCCGGCGAAGCUAUCCACGGCUGGGUCCCACUCCGAUCCGACGCUUUCGAAAAGCUCGAAAAGAUUGGGCAAGGAACGUAUAGCAGCGUUUUCCGUGCGGUGGAGACUGAAACUGGGAGGAUCGUGGCGUUGAAGAAGGUGAGGUUCGACAAUUUCGAGCCGGAGAGUGUUAAGUUCAUGGCGAGAGAGAUUUUGAUACUAAGAAGACUCAAUCAUCCCAACGUUAUCAAGCUGCAAGGUUUGAUCACUUCCAAGCUAUCUUGCAACAUACAGCUCGUUUUUGAGUAUAUGGAGCAUGAUCUCACUGGUCUUCUUGCUUCCCCUGACAUCAAAUUCACGACCCCACAGAUUAAGUGUUACAUGAAGCAACUGUUAUCUGGGCUGGAUCAUUGUCAUACGAGAGGCGUGAUGCACCGGGACAUAAAGGGUUCGAAUCUUUUGUUGAGUAACGAAGGAGUACUAAAGGUGGCUGAUUUUGGAUUAGCCAACUUCAGUAAUUCUUCUGGUCACAAGAAGAAGCCUCUUACUAGCCGAGUUGUGACUCUGUGGUACCGUCCACCUGAGCUUUUGCUUGGAGCAACGGACUAUGGAGCGGCUGUUGAUUUGUGGAGUGUUGGUUGUGUUUUUGCUGAACUUCUUCUUGGAAAACCUAUUCUCCGGGGAAGAACUGAGGUUGAACAGUUGCACAAGAUAUUCAAACUGUGUGGAUCUCCACCAGAAGAUUACUGGAAAAAGUCCAAACUUCCUCAUGCAAUGCUUUUCAAGCCACAGCAGAAUUACGAGAGUUGUCUCCGAGAGACGUUGAAAGAUUUAUCUGAGACUGAAAUCAAUCUGAUAGAGACUCUUCUUUCAAUAGAUCCCCACAAACGUGGGACCGCCUCUAGUGCCCUUGCUUCUCAGUAUUUUACUACAAAGCCUUUUGCUUGUGAUCCCUCAAGCUUGCCAGUGUACCCGCCUAGCAAGGAGAUAGAUACAAAGCAUCGAGAAGAUGCAUCAAGGAAGAAAAUUAGCGGGAAUGGGAGACGUGUAGAUGCAAGGAAGCCGUCACGGAAGGCUCAUUCGUUCAACAAAUUGGCACCAGUUGAGGAUGUGCGGCACCAAACUGAAACUUUUCAGAAACGAAUUGGUCAUUUAGUUCACAAUUCGAUUGAAAGUGAUGCAAGAUUAUGUGGGAAACCGCAAAAGCCAUUAGAUCACAAGAAAGACGAAGCUUCCCAUGUGAAGAAUGCAUCACAAGGAGACAUACCUUUCUCAGGGCCGUUACAAGUCCCAAUAUCAAACAGUUUUGCUUGGGCGAAACGUGAGAAAGAUGACGUAUGUGUUAGGGUGCAUAAUCGAUCUCUCUCAAGAGGUCACGUUCCCAACCUUGUGGGACAGUCUCCUGCUUUUAGUGAGAAAAAUGAUGUUGAAUCUAAGAUAAAGAACGAAAACGAGGAGAAGCUCGAGGACAAGACAGAAUCUCGAGGCCAGGAGUCGUAUGAGAUGGUGAAGCGUUCCAUGCUGAAGCAGUGGAGACAACUUGAACGUCCAGAUUCUUUUGGUGCGUCUGACGAGUAUCACUCGCAGGAAAUGUCAUUGGGAGCCUAUCAGAGAGAUAAAAUGGCAACAAAGAUGGGUAAUAAUUUGGGUGAUGGGGACAAGAUCGACUUCUCUGGUCCUUUGUUGUCUCAGUCUUAUGGAGUUGAUCAACUAUUGGAACGUCAUGAACGCCAUAUCCGCAACCUAGUUCGAAAACCGUGGUUCCAGAGAGGUAAGAAACAGGGGAAGUGA